AUGGCGCAGCCUGGACGGAUCGCGCCAUUGUCGAAGAAGAAACUGUAUCGCUAUAUAUAUUAUAAUCUCUUACCUCUUUCUUGAUCUCAAAGUACUAUCACCAUGACUUCACCCAUCACUCAAGCUCUCGACCCCUACUCUACCAAGGCCAAAGACAGCGGCACCCAUGCUCCUCACGAGAAAGUGAAGGCUCUCCAUGAUAUCGUGAAGAAAGUCAAGACCGGCAUGCUCACCACCCGCUCUUCCGACGGGUCUCUCCACGCUCGCGCUAUGGCGCCUGCUGGACCGUUCUCGCCACACCAAGUGUGCUUGGUGUUCAUUGCCAACAACGCUUCCCACAAAUUCGACGAAAUCCAGAACGACGCUCAUGUCAAUGUCUCUUUCUAUGACGAACACAGUACCAGCUGGGCUUCAUACUCUGGCAUCGCUCGUGUUAGCCAGGAUAAGGCGGAAAUUGAGAAACAUUGGAGCCACCUGACGUCAGCGUGGUUUGGAGACCUCGGAGACGGUGUGCACACAGGUGACCAAACCGACCCCCGAGUUUCUAUCAUAGAAGUCAUCCCCGACUCUAUUCGUUACUGGGUCGCGACUGGUUCCAAGGUCGGUCGCGCCGCGAAUAUCGCCACCAGUGCGAUCACUGGUAAGGCUGCCGCGCCUGGCCAGUUGAGUACGAUCACGAAGGAAGAGAUUCAAUUGCUCGAGAAUCUGGAUGGAUUAAAUCAUUAGCGGAAUGACAGUUGUACCAAUAGUCCGAGUAUUCGAACAUGUCAUCCAUAUAUGUCGGACGUGGACACCGUAUUUAUUAGGACUUGAUUCUGUCACCUUUGUAUCAUAUUACCACUGUACCCGUAGCCACUGGCAGACUGAUUUUGAUCGGCGUUACGAAGCGAU